GAGAUGUCAUCUACUGAUCUCUACUAUAUUCAAUCCCCUCCACUUGCCAUGGCGGGCCCCGAAAAGAAGGCGCUGCAGACCGCGUUGGCCGCUGUGCUGGAAAACAAGAGAUCUCCAAGAGAUGACUUGGUGCCAGCAGAGCAGCUCAAGGCGGAGAUGGCGCUGUCCAUCAAGAGCGAUCAGCGCUUCAAGCAGAUGGAUGCCUUUACACGCCAGAAGAAGGCUGUACCUUUGCCACAAGUGAUGUUGAGUCCAGUGCCAAGACCACACACCGUGGCCGGGGGCGAGGCGCGGCCGGCCGAGGCCGAGCGGAUUGGACCUCAGGGAGCGGAGCCCAGCAGCCCGAGCAGCCCGAGCAGCCCCAGGACGCCCGGCGAAGGGAAGGGACGGCAGCGGGCGCCAGGCGUGAACCUGAGCACGUUGACGGGUGAGGAGAGGAGUAAGGUGCCCAAAGCUCUUUGGCAGGACUCAGUGGACCGUUCCAUCAAGCGGCUGAUGGUGGACUUCGACCUCACUGACGAACCGUCCUGCCGCUUGCACCACCUGGAGCGGAUGCACGAUUGGUUCGUGCGGCACGGGCCGAAGGGAAAAGCCCCGGCGAUGCCGGAGAUUGGCGGUCCUAGCUACCUCCGUGCCGAACGGAACAGCCGGGAGCCGGCGCCCGCGGGAAGCACUCAGAACUUGGCAGGAGUCUUGAGCCCCAGCAGUGAGCUCAUGGCCCGCAUGUAUUCUCCAAGGAACUACUCGCGCCCGGUCACUCGCGGCUGAGUGUGGCUCAUUGAGUCGUGAGGUUCAAAGCACCCCCCCAGACACGAGCCACGAGGUCCGGCAGAGCAGAUGAAUGGGAC